AUGGGGAAAAAGGGACCAAGAACAGAGGAUGGCGAAUAUGUGAAUACGCAGAACUCGCGUCCAAAGCACAAAACACGCCCAGAAGCAAAUCAGAACAGCAGAUGUGAGGUAGGAUGGAAGUCUCUUGGUUUAAAGUAUUACUUCUUCUCUGCUUUUAAACUGAACUGGACACAGAGUCGAGAUUACUGUGUGGAGAAAGGAGGCCACCUGGUGAUUAUAACCAGCCAAACUGAACAGGUGAAUUUUGGAUCUUCGCAAAUUGGAGAAACACACUGGAUUGGCCUGAAUGACUUGGAGACUGAGGGAAAGUUGAUGUGGGUGAACAACCAGCCCUUAAAAGAGACGGGUGUAAUGUAA